AUGCGUAGAACCACCGUUGUUCAGGGUAAGUUUUAGAUGCCAAUUUCUUUUUUUUUCUCCAAAAGAACCACUAUUUCCAGCGCAGCACUUCAAGUUGUUAGUAGUCGGUGGAGGAGCCGGAGGACUCGGAGUCGCUAGCAAAUUUGCCCGAAAACUACCGCCAGGAUCAGUGGCUGUUAUUGAACCACGGGAAAAUCAUUACUACCAGCCUGGAUUUACUUUAGUCGGUGGAGGACUCAUGACUUUGGCAGCAAACCGACGGAAACAAUCAGAUUUGAUUCCAAAGAACGCCACGUUGAUUAAAGAUAAAGCAUGUAUGUUUAUACCUAAACAAAAUUCAGUAAAAUUGAAUGGAGGCGAUGAGAUCUUCUACGACUACAUGGUAGUCGCUGUGGGACUCCAGUUGAGAUUUGAUAUGGUGUGUGAAAGUUAACCACAUCUAGAUGAAUUGCUCGUUUGCAGAUAAAAGGAGCAGUGGAAGCAUUAGAAACUCCGGGAGUUUGUUCCAAUUAUUCUCCUUUCUAUGUGGAGAAACACUUCAGAGAAGCCAGUAAUUUUAAGGUAGUCUACCAAUCCAAACUUAGCACUCUAUUUCAAGUUUCAGGGUGGUAAUGCAGUGUUUACAUUCCCGAAUACUCCUAUCAAAUGUGCGGGAGCACCACAAAAAGCAUGUUACAUCACUGACUCGAUUCUCCGACAGAGAGGCGUUCGAGACAAGGCUCGUAUGAUAUACGCGACUAGUCUGAAAAGAGUGAGUCUCGUAGAACUGUUGAUUUUUUCAGCCUGAAAUGAUUCCAGCUCUUUGGAAUUGAAAGCUAUCUGAGGUCACUAGAAGAAGUGGCACGAGACAAGGAAAUUGAUGUUAGAACGCGAAGAAACUUGAUUGAAGUGGAUUCGAAUCAAAAGAUUGCUAUUUUCGAACUGAUGGACGAGGAUUCCAGACCUACUGGAAAAACAGAGAAAAUUGAGGUAACCAGCUCUCCGAAAAAUCUCUAACCAAGAGUAUUUACAGUACUCCCUUCUCCACAUUGGCCCGCCGUGUUCAUCUCCUGAAGCGCUUCGAACAUCUGAACUGGCCGAUAAAAGCGGGUUUAUGGAUGUGGACCCAGGAUGGUUGCAGGCAAGUUCAAGUCAACCCUCUGUGUCGGUUUCAAAAUUAUUUUCAGUCAAAGCGCUUUCAAAACGUGUUUGGCGUUGGUGACUGCAUGAACACUCCAAAUGCCAAAACUGCAGCCGCCGUGUCUUCUCAUCUGAAAACUAUUGAACGUAAUCUGUCACAAGUUAUGAAUGGCAAUCCGCCUUGUACGCGAGUAAGUUUGAAUUCGUCUUUUUUCGCAUGACAAUCGUUUUACAGUAUGACGGAUAUGCUUCUUGUCCGUUAGUUGUGAGCACGAAUAGAGUCAUCCUCGCCGAGUUCAAUUCGGACGGAGCGAUGGAAACAACUCCGUUUGACCAGUCGAAACCUUCCUACUGGGCGUAUCUCAUGAAGCGGUAUUUUAUGCCCGCUCUCUAUUGGCACGGGCUUGUCAAGGGAUAUUGGAAUGGCCCCGCGACGAUUAGAAAUUGCAGUAGGUUAUUGAAAUCCAAAUAGAAUUUGAAACUUGAAUAAAGAAUCAGAAUUGCCUCUUGUUUGUUAUUCUGAAAUUUUCACUUAUGGUUAAUGGAAUACUGGCAGUAUGCACUUACCUUCUCACAAAUGAGACGUAACAAGAGGAUGAGCUUUGGAAUUAUAUUUAGAUGAAAUAGAAUAAAGUUAAAGAGAGGAAUGAUCGCUCCAAAAUGUUUCGAAUUUGUCUUUCAUCGCUAUUGCCCCUCGGUGUUUGCAGACUCAAGCCAAAUUUUCUGAAAUUAGGCUCGAGUACGCAAACACCGAGGGGACAAGAGCGGUAAAUUGAGUAUAAACAGAUCCCUGUCAGAAUCUCUACCCACCUUUUUCGAUUACUCUUUGCCAAGUGCGAUGUUGUCACACAGCGAACCGAGCCGACAUUUGUUUCAAACCCGUGGCCAUUGUUCUUUGUGAGAAAUGAGUCACUGAGAACUGGCCAUAGCCUUCCUUCCUCACACUACAAAAGAAAGGUACAAAAGGGAAAAGGUGUUGGUUACAAUAAAAACUCUUUAGCGUCCUGUCCCUCGAGUCAAUCAUAGCUUUCACAUCCCGACGGCUUUACGGUCACUCAAGCGCACGUCCUCCUUCUCUUCCUCCGCCGUCCUCCUCUCCUCGGACCGAGAGGGAGGCCACGCCCAUUUGGAGUCACAAACAUACCCGCAUAGCGCAGCCCUUACCUCCGGCACUAGCCCUCAUUGUCUCGAUGGAAAAGAGAAAAAUCAAGGAACAGAACGGUUACACAUUUUUCUUUUUUCAUUUCUUUUCACUUGAGACGUGUCUUAGCUAUUCUCACUUACAAGUUGUUUCUUUUCAACCUUUAGCCUUCAGUAUCCUCGAUGCCUUCACACUCUUCAAGCCUAUGAUGUUGUCUCAAUAUAUUGUGUCUCUACUUCUCGUGGCCAUCGUUCGAAAAUCCGAUGGCGGUGGACUGGUGGACGUUCAAUUACAGGAACUCCGCCUAGGCCAGUGAGUGUUUUUUCAUUUUUUCAUCGCGUUCGCGCCCUACUUAUGAGAUUGCUUUGAUCCAAUUUAUUUCAUUUUCACACAUUAUCCUGAAUCACUAGACAGAAAUCAUUUGAACAGGACAAGAGAGUGCACUUAAAUCUCACAGAAUUUCGAAACCAAGAGCAUUCAAGUGCAUCCAAUAUUAGUUUCUGAGAUUCGCAUCGGCCACAGUGUAAAGCAAAGCACAAGCCAUAUAAAUGUCUUUUUGACCCCAUCACUCGGCUUUGUCUCGCUUCUGCUGUUCUAUAAUCCCAAUGGGGACAACGCAACAGACCGGUCCUUUUGGUUGGUGCCUGAUUAUUCAUAACACAUCAAACUGCGAUUUCUGCCGAGACUCACUCCACUUCUUCUUUGUGGCGCGCUUGCUUCCCGCUGAGCUAAAUGAGAAUGUUUCAUAUUUUCAAAAGCGUACUACAACGAAGAGUACGUGUUGUUGAAUUGCCUGCCCAACCUUACACAUUACAUUCCGUAAAAAAAAUCCAAAGGUAUUCUCAGUAUCAGCAGAAACAGUUUGAGAAGGCUGAGAAGGACGCGCGCCGACCGCGUCGCCAAGAAAAACACAUUCGAAUUUGCAUGCUGCACAAUAUGAAGAAGAUGUGGGUGAAAGUUACGAGAAACGAUUGAUGCGUUUGGUUUAGCGUGUCGAAUGCGCAUGUACGAAGGGGACAGUAAUAGCAAUUGGAAGACGAGAGUAAAAGUCAGAGACAGAAACGUUUGCGAUGAAUUAUUCCCGAUACAUUUUAGGUCGGUAGUCCAUUUUUUUGCCGCAUUCCAUCGCUCAAGUUAACAUCCAUUUGUCAUCGGACCAAGAACACUUGAUGGGCCCUUCUCAUACUUCAGGAAAUCAUUACAAACCCUCAUUAUGUGCUUUGUGUGUCAAGAAAAGGAAAUUUUUUUACAAGUAGAGCAGUAGGAUCAUAAACUACUACUACUUCUUCUUAUUCUAAACAUAAGCAAACCGGGAGAAAAUGGAGAGAAGGGAAGAGAUGGAAGCUCAUAAAUUAGGGUUAUCGUCUUUCGUACCACGUUACCGCCAUAUGGGUAAGACGCGCAAUUUAGUCAGCUCAAUCAAAAGUUGUCAUUCCCUCCGGGUGGUAACGGAGAUGCGAAGAACAAACACAUUGCAUCAGAAGCUCAAGCUAGAUGCUUUGCACCUGCUCUGCGACAGCCACUGGUAAUCAAUGCGCAUUGAGUUACCCAAAACAUUCGCAAACAUGCUCCGUCUGUCAAAAGACUCUUCUUGGCUUUUAGGAAUUAGCAUAGGGGCACCGCACAGAAAUGGCGCUCUGUUGAGAAACUCUUUUUGCAGUGCAAAUUGAGCGACCUCGGGGCCGAGCUUGAAAAGUUAGCGCACGUUUUCAGUGGAAAAUUACUUCGCGGUCUAAAAAUUCGGUCAGGUUGCGAACAGCGCGCCCUUUCUGUCCCCUGUAAUAAGUAAAAAACUUUCUGUGCCCCUAUUAUAAGUAAAAAAAAUUUUUGAGUCUCUUGUAUCACUUCAUCACCAAUAUGAAUGCACUAGUCGAAAGCAUCACUCAACAAUAGUGGCCAGCACUUAUGGAAAACCAAACAAAUAAUAUAAUAUUGGUUACGGUGCAAACACAUUGUGCACUUCGUGCCUUGGCUUACGAUUGCAUAGUCUCAAAAAGGUCAUAAAGUUUGGAAAUGAAAAGAAAACCAGAAGAAUAGAAUAGAACUAGGUGAGAGUGGCGCAGUUGAAAUUCAGACCCCAGAAAAGGGAUUAGCGUUUAUUUGUGGGGUUUUAUUAGAUGUAUGAAUCAUAAAUGUGUUCUCCUGAUAACUGUUGCCCUAUCACUCACUUGACAAGCAAAGACACAUUACUAUUAUAGAGACCCCUUAUUAUUUCAGAAGAAAUGUAUGCCCACAUGAAGAAGUCGAGAUCGUGACCUUGAAGCAGCCUUGUGUGCAAGCUUACACAAAAUAUGUGAGAAGUCGGAAGCCUGGAUGCAACGGAAAGUUUCAGAGUUGUGCAGUUCGACAACCCAAGUCAGUACUACAACGUUUUUCCAUCCAUAGGCUAAACGUGCUAUGGACCAUAGCACGUUUCACAUGAGCGCAAACUUAGCCUAACAAGAUUAGCUUUUAUCGCGUUAUGCCGUCUCAAUGAUAUAUCAUUCUUUGGUUGAGUGUGUCCGUGACCUUCUGACACCCCGCAAUUAUUCAAUGCACCUCUUGCGCAAUAGUCGCCACUCUGUCGACCUCAUCACGCUUUUGUUUGCAGGACAAUCUACUUUCACACCUACAAAAAAGUGAACAGAACGAAAAGGCAUACUGUAGUGGAGUGCUGUCCUGGAUGGGUUCAUCGACCAGGAGAAGCUGGUUGCCAACGAGGUACGAAUGGACAUCUGCCACUUUGAUUAUGCUAAUAGGGAAAUCGCGCAUCUUGUUAAUCGUCUGACAUUUGUUCGUAUGUUUUAUGCCCCCUUUGAAUAGGGUUCCGAACAGAUUGCACUAUUCCGCGCAAAAUUAUGCGACUUCCGAAUUUUGACGCCUCUUCUUAGUUUUCGCAAUAAUAAUGUACCGGCUAGUGAAUUAUUGAUUCCUCAGUCUCUCCGUUUUUAUUAUCACAGAAUGCUCGACAAUGGGCGAUCGAGAAUAGUAAACGAGGGGAAGGUUGUUCGGAACACCGGGCCAAUUAUUGCUCUCGGGGAUGUCGGACGCAUCCUCCAUAUGCCGCUUCGUCAGCUCUUUUGUCUUGUGGCUAUUUCAUAUGACGACAGAUGCGCAUAGCAUGAAAGGGCCAAAAAGUAGGAGAAAAACGAUUAAAGGACCGGGGAACCCUCCGAGUUUAUGUGUCUGACUGAAUUGCUUCUUAUUGCCACGUUCACUGUCCGAGCUCCAACUUUCAGAAAUACCUGUGAAUGGAACAGCGCUUAGUCAAAGUUGUGGCCGUGGCUCAGAAAAGUUCUAGGCCUUGUGAUCUUUUCCGGAUUUUUUUUUGCGUUCGGCACAAUUUUCAUACGUUGCAAAACAUUCACACAAAUCAGCAUCCAUACUGUAUGAACCAUACAUAGUGCAAGAGCAUCAAACUGCUCACAGGAAAGAGUUUUCACACCAAAGUUUCUUAGGCCACGGCCACAACUUCAACUGCGCGCCGUUUCGUUCAUUGGCAUUUCUGAGAGUCAGCAUUUCACCAGUGUAUGAGGCAAUAAGAGACAAUUCAAACAGACACAAAAAAAUUUCACAAAAAAAAACAAAAAAUUUGAGGGUUCCCUGGUCCUUUAAUUUUGUCAAUCUUGUGUCACACAAUGCCUCUAUAUUACUUACUCUUGCCUCAAAUUGAUGAUAUACAUAUUUGGUGUCCGCAGAAGUGCAUUUUGUUUGCAAGAGAAGGUGGGUGGGAAAGAAGGAAGAAGAAGAACGUAAGCAAAGGAGAUUUAUUAUUAAAUUUCAAAUGAAUCGGAAACCUCAGAGAGUCGUGUUUGAACAACUCAGAACUAAUUAACGCGCGAGAGUCAGGCGCACGUGUAAUUCAAUAUAAACGCGACAUGGUUCCAGAAAAUUGUUCGGCGGAUCUAUGUCACAACGGAGGAACGUGUGUUGCGUCUGAGACAGACAAUGAGCAGGUUUGCGAGUGUCCACCGGGGUUCACGGGAGCCAAAUGUCAAUACGGUAUGGAUUUCUGAGUAGACAGAAAAGUACUUUCGAUUAUAGACGUGAAUGAAUGCAUGGCGAACAACGGAGGUUGUAAGCAUGAAUGCGUCAAUACAAUUGGUACAUUCUACUGUAGAUGUUGGCCAGGCUUCGAACUUUCUGGAGACGGAAACACUUGCUCAGACAUUGACGAAUGCGCUACGGAUAACGGAGGAUGCUCCGAUCGAUGUGUGA